AGCCGUAGUUGUUUACAACCAUGAAGUUCUCACCCGCGGUAUCAUCGUCCCGUCGUAAGAGUCGUAAGGCUCACUUCACUGCCCCUUCUGACCAGAGGAGGAUCAUCAUGUCCGCGCCCCUCUCCAAAGAACUCAGGGCCAAGUACAACGUCAGGUCCGUUCCUAUUCGCAAGGAUGAUGAGGUUAUGGUUGUUCGUGGUCACUACAGCGACCGCGAGGGUAAGGUCACUGCCUGCUACCGUAAGAAGUUCGUUAUUCACAUCGAACGUCUCACUCGCGACAAGGUUAACGGCUCUCACGCCAAUGUUGGUGUUCAUCCUUCCAAGGUUGUCAUCACUAAGCUGAAGAUGGAUAAGGACCGCAAGGCUCUCCUUGAGCGCAAGAACCGUUCUAAGGACUCUGGAAAGAAGAGAUACACUGAGAAGGAUGUCGCUAUGGCUCAAGUAGAUUAGAACUGCUACUACUAAGUGGUGUAAGCAACGGCUCGAAGACUGCGGUGGUCAUC